AACAUGUCCGCUGUGCUGGACGCCACUUCUGUUGGCGAUAUCUAAAUAACUUCAAAUUGAACUUUCAAAGUCUCUUGCUGCAAAUAUUGAAAGAUGGAAGGAGACGUAUUUGGUGUAAGGAUAAUUCCAUCAGUUCUGCAGUUCUUCAAUACAAAGCCAAAGACUCGCUUUGAACUUCCCAUCACUGUGAAAAAUGUCAGUAAAUCAAGCAAGAACAUUCGCUAUUAUGGACCAAAAAGCGAGCUGGAUCUGGAAGAUGAAUUUGCUCCCACUUGUGCAACUAGUAGCUUUUCUUUGAAAGUGAAAAACCCUGAGGAGCCAGUGGCUUCAGGACUGGCAGUGUCUGCAGUUGUCUACUAUGAGUCCAAUCUAGAGGGAGAGGAAAAGGACAGAAUUGUGCUUACUGUAGAUGGAAAUGUCAUCGAAGUGCCCAUUUUCGCCCACCCUUGCCAGCCCAUCAUGGACUUUGAUGAUGAGGUGGACUUUGGCACUGUGGUGGCCAACAGUAAAGUUGUUGCCAAGGAGAUCACUCUCACAAACUCAGGCUCAAAGAAUGGUGACUUCAAGGUCAAGUACCCGGGUGACAAACCAAUUGCUAUCAUCCCUAACAGUGGGACAAUACCGCCUUAUAGUGAGCAGAAAAUCAAGGUUGAGUAUGUCACAAGAAUUUCUGGUAAAUUUGCGGAAGAAGCUGAGGUGUACCUGGAAGGGAAAGAGAUGACAAAGCUUAAAAUCCGUGGAUUUGUCACUGAACGGGCACUUGAGCUUCUGUCAUACACUGGUGACAAUUCCAAAGUCCAGUGCAUCCGAUUUGGUAACACCUACUAUGGCACGGACCGCACUGAGUGUGCUAUGCUCUACAACAAUGGGCCAGAACCUGUCAACUUUGUGGCUGUAGUGGAUGAGGAUGCCAUAGCUCAGGAAUUGGGCAUUGAUCUCACCCAGACCACUACCGCUGCUUUGGCUGAAGAGGGGGAGGACAAGAGCCGCCGGGGCCAUACAAAUGAGAUCACCUCGCUCAUCACGGCCAUCCCAAACCAGGGGAUUCUCAAACCCUACCAGAAAGUUCCUAUCUUCUUCAGAUUCAGCCCAAGAUGGCAUGCAUCUCGUCAAGGAUGGAAGAGCCAGGUGUGUCCCCCACCCAGAAAGGAUUUUGCCCUUUUUAUGAGGCUUCAGAUCAUUGGCUCCAGCAAUGGCUUCAUCAGUGACCAUGAAAAUGCAUUGAAAGGAAAUAAAAGCAAUGUGGAAGGUGUUUAUGCAGAGGUUGCUUUAACGGGCACUGCUCUUCCUAUCCUCUUGAACAUUUCCCCUGCUGCCAAAUUUGACUUUGGCGAGUGUCCAGUCGGGGAGCAUGCAGACAUUCUGUGUACCAUCAAGAAUGAAUCCAACAUUCUGCCCGCCCUGUUUGAGUUCCGCAGGAUUGCCCACUUCACUGCUCACCCACCCAAUGGGAAAAUUCUGCCAGGGCAGACCCAAGAUGUGAUCUUUUCCUUUGCUCCAAAACAAGCUGGCUCCUUCAAACCGGAACAACUCUUGGAUGUUUUGGGCCAGGUUGCAGACAAACGUAAUCCAACGGUCAGCCAUGCUCAAGUAAUCUACACCCUUCCGGUCAAGCUGAUGGGAAAGAGCAACCCCAUCACAGUAGUGCCUAAGCCAAAGUUUAACAAAGGGCUGACCCCGUACAUCUCUAAUGAGGUGGGUAUGUUUGUUGAGACGAUGUAUGAAGAUGUCAAGGAUGACGAUCUCAGGAAUGCUGUGGCGGGAGCCACCAAGACCAAACUGCACAAGCUCAAACAUCGAGGUGUCCGCUCAGCUGACUAUGAGAGGGAUAUAGAAAGGAAGGUGGCGUUUCCGAAUGACCGAGCCCAGAGCAUUCGGCCAUUUGACCGCAAGGAAGGCUAUCAAACUCUCUUCACUGGCACACACCGGCAUAACUAUAUUGAUCCAGACUAUGCCUAUGAUGAUAUUGACAUAGAAAAACGUGUCAAGCACCGAUCAGGCUAUGUCCAGAAUCUACACAGAAUGAGGGAACGUCGUCUGUCCAAAAAGCAAAAGAAGGAGUUCCUGGUAAGCAACAACAGUAUGGAUAUUGGUAUCAAAACCGCUGCGGGAAUCUUUCCAAAGAAGUUAACACAAGAUGAGAUCACACCUGACCCAGCCACUCCUCUGCCACCCAAUGCUGAGUGGAAACUACUUAGCACUAAAGAACUGGCUGAAGCUGAAAAAGUAGCAGUUUCAAAGGUGUGUGAUGGUUUGAGUGCGGUGCCCACCACACUGGAAGAGAAACGUGACUGCAAGAGGUGGCUCACCCCACAGCAACUGCAUCAGAUCAUAGUUGGUCCACCUACCAUCGACUUUGGUCAGAUUUGCCUCCGGUCGUGUUGUCAGCGCGAGCUGAAUGUGGUCAACAACCUGGACCAGUACAUCCACAUUGUGGCUGAGAUUGACUGCCGUGAACUGAGACAAAGCAGCCCCUUGUCCCAGGUUCUUCCACCAAGGUCCAAGGCUGUCAUUCCCAUCAUAUUUGAGUCCAGCACCAGAGGCCGUUUCCAAAGAUCUGUGAUGUACACCAUAAAUGGAUUCUACAAACAUCACGUGACUGUCCUGGCAGAGGUAGUUCCUGUGGCUGUGGAACUGUCGACCACCAGGCUGGUCUUGAAACCUGCACCUGGCAUGCCAGUGGAGGCUGGUUUCCGUGGUGUGAUCACGCUCAAUAACAAACUGAACUACCCCGCCGAGUUCACUUGGUCCCCUGACCUGGGGGAGAAAGGCACAGCUUUCUCUAUUCGACCAGCUACAGGUGUGGUGGAUCCAGGCACAGAUCUGGACUGUGAAGUUGUUUGGCAUCCUUCUUUCAUGGCUCCAGAAGAUGGGUCAUUCACCCUUCUUGUGAAUGGUGGGGAGUCACGCAAGCUCACAUGCAGGGCGGAGCUGGGAUCCACUAAUGUCUACUUCCUGGAUCAGCGCAUCUCAUUUGGUGCAGCUCCUGUGAACUUGACCACUGUGGUCAGUGCUAUUUUGCACAAUGCUGGGAACAACCAUGCCUACUUCCAGGUGUCUGAUCCAAACCCCUUGCCCGGCCUAACUGUCAGUCCAGUUCAUGGUGCUGUGCCAGUAGGGGGAAGCACUGAGAUCCGUGUGGCCUUGACCCCGGACUCGAUCAUGAAGUUUGACACAAGGGUGCAAGUGGCCAUCAAGGGAGGCAAGACAUUGGAGCUAAGGAUCGGAGGAACGGUGGAGGGUCCUGACGUCAGUAUUGAUGUGGCCUCCUUCAACUUUGGUGGUGUUUACUGUGGCUCCUCAGCAACAAUGCCGUUCCGCUUGGAGAACAAAGCCAUCACCAAAUGCCGUCUGGAGUUUGACCUUACACGAUACAAGGACUUCUCCCUGGCUUUCCCUGGCUGUCAAUCUCAGGAGGAUUACAAUUACCAACUGCUGAACCCUGGCAUGGCUUCUGUGACCCUAGAGCCUGAGGAAAUCAUAGAGGGAGAGAUCACCUUCACACCAACACAGGUGGCUGCCUAUGACUUUGUCAUGCCUGUGGUUGUCAAUCAUUUGGGUGCUCCAAGUCCGGCCCCCACCCCUUUCCCACCUACUCCUGCCCCGUCCAAUAAGAACAGCAUUCAGCACAUUGUCAACCCGCGGCCCAUGCCUGUUACUGUGGCAACACCAAGAAAGCAGGUCAUUGCAACAGCCUUGAGACAGCCGCUGCAACUGGGCACCAACCGUUUAGAAUUUUUGCUUCCUUCAAACUUCCAUGAUAUCUCCACCAAUAUCACUAUGGGCUCUACCAAGUUCAAUGAGCAGGCUAUUCUGGUCAUCAACAACAGCAACACCAAGCUCACCUGGGGUUUUGACCUGACCCGGGCAGGAAAAGUGCUGGACACUGGCGUCUUCAAGUUCCUCCACGAACAAGGAGUGCCCUUCAUCUCCCAGUCUGAGAGCCAGGGGAUCGAAGGAGAGUUGGAACCUGGCAUGACCCAGACCGUGCUGGUCAACUUUUGUCCUGAGCGAUCGGGCAGGUACCAGGCAGUCAUCCCAGUGGUCAUCAACUCUGAGUGGGACAAACCGUUCCAGUUCCUUGAGAUCUACGGCGAACUCAAAGCCCCUGAGAUCUGGUUUGACCCUCACAGCAUCGUGCUGACCCCUGUGCCCCUCAUGACAGAAGUGUCUGCUGAGUUCACACUCUUGGCGUCUCAUUAUAGAAAGCUCAACAAGAUCACUGUGGUACUGCCUGAGAUUGAGUGUGAGGAUGAGACCAAGAUCACACCUCUGUCGGUGGACUUCUUGCAGGGCCCAGAAAUCAAGCCAUGCAGUGGCACUGAAGGACAAGUGGAUCCUUUUGCUCUUCCCUGUAAGGUCGUCUUCUCGAGCCCUAAACCUGUCUCUUUCUCUCAACCAAUCAUCUUCAGUGAUGAAGAAGGGAACACUUUCUCCCUGCAGGUAACGGCUACCGCAGACAACUGUCUCCUCACCUGUUACCCAUUCCUUGCCCUGCACAGGGGAGACCAUCAAAUUGUUUGUGAACAGGGCUCCUCCCCUAAGGGUCGUAAGUUGAUGAGUAAAAAGAAGGAAGGGUCUGGCUCAGGGGGCUCUGGAGAGGCGGUGUUCGUACCCUGCACCACAUCCAACCCAGGCAACAGCAGGCCAUCCACCAGCGCCACCAGCUCCAACUUCCAGAUCUCUUCCUCUAGCUAUGAGAGCUCCACUUCCCUGACAGACUCGUCAGGCUCCACAACCCCAGGGCCACGAGAGGGUGCCAUGAACAAACCUCCCACUGGCUCGGACUUCCUCAGCCACAAGAACUUUGAGGCUGCUGCCCGCUCAGCGGGGUCAGCCAUGUUCCCGGACGAAGACUCGGAAGAGGGGAUGUUCCACAUGGAGGUCCUGAUGGCCGGACAGAGAUGGUUCUCCUCUCAGGGCUGGCCGGGCGGGCCUUACCCGAUUCUCAUACCAGAGACUCUCAGAACUGCUAUAAGUAAAAAGACAGCUGCAGAACCUGCUAAAAACAAGGAGGAAUCAGACAGCAAAACCAAUCUGAAACCAGGAGCCAAACAGAGAGGGAAAGCAAGCUUCAACAAACUGGCGAAGACCAUUUAUGACAUGAUCAACUACCUGAGUGGGCGCUCGGUGCCUGGCAUCCCUAUCAACUCUCCACUGCCGGCCGACCCAGUAGAGAGGGUCAAGCAGAUCUACUGGCAACAUUGCACUCUUCUCACCUUCCUCAGGUGCCAGGGAGCUUGUGUAUCUGCCAUUCAACCAGAGUACUUAAUGUCACCUGGAGAUUUUGUGCUGUGGCGACAACUUCAGCGCAGUGUCAAGAUGGAGCUGCUGCAGCAGGGCCAGGUGAAAGAGGCGGAGAAGAUCCGCAUUGAUGAUGAUGUAGAGGAGGAAGUGUUUGAGGCUAUUUCCAAACGCAUGUGGACUGAUGUCCUGCUGCAAAUACUGAAGGUAUUAGUUCUGGCAAAGGUCACACCCAAAACACUCAAGUCACUGACCAGCUUUGACAAGGACCUGGCCAUGCCAACAGUCAACCCAGACCCCUUGUCCAGCAACAUCUACAGCGUGGCUGAGCGAAUCCUGUUGGCUUGGAUGAACCACCAUUAUGAACACUACAGAGCACAGGUCUGGCAGGACUGCCCUAAAGGAGGAGUCCCCCCAUCUCGCUGGAUUGUCAACUUUGACUAUGAUCUCAUGGAUGGACUGGUCAUUGCUUCAUUGCUGGGGGCUCACAUGCCUUUCCUGAUCAAAAGCCAUUUGGAAGGCAUGUACACACACCCCACUACUGCUGAGCAGUGCCUGCAUAAUGCUCUGAAGGUGGUCAAUGCCAUGAGAUAUGCUGGUGUAGACUAUGACAUUCAGGCCAUAGACAUCACAGACCCGAACCCUAUACCUUUGCUACUCCUGGUGGUUCAUCUGUACCAGCGGCUUCCUCAGUACUUGCCCAAGGCCACCAUGGAAUUUACUGGAAGUCUUCACAACACUGUCACCAGACAGGUGAAGGUCAGUAACACGAGUCCCAAGAAUCUGGUCUACCAUGUGCUGAUUGCUGGACGAGAUGCUCGGGACUUUUCUGUGCCCAAAGGCAGCAUGGUGACUAUACCUCCCAAAUCCACUCUCCCGCUGUCUGUGGAGUUCAAGAGUCGUUUCCUGAGGCCUGCUGAGGCUGUUCUGGUGCUGGUGGGCAGAAGGCAAGGGGCAGCCACAGGGAACACCUUGACCUUUAACCUCAUCACUGAGAUUGACAACAUCAAGCCCAAGAAAAAAGGAACUGAUCAGACGACGGUGAAGGUGGAUUCCCCUUGCUAUGAGCUGGAGAGAGUCAUGUUGGAAGUUGUGAACCCUUUCCCUGAGGCUGGGGAGUUCAGAAUUAUAUUGAUUGAGAGCAGCACCAGUACUGCCGACGCUAACAACUCUUCCACUUUGGUCAAACCUAAAGAAAAGAAGGUCAAAGUGGUCCGUUCAAAGAUCAACAAUGGGAAAAAGCGACCAGAGACUCCCCCUGAUGUCAUACCCAUGAACAAGAUUCUGGAACAACAGGAGACUGUGGCACAGAAGAAUGCUCAAAUCCCAACCCUGCAAGCAUUCAACACCCCCAUGAACAGUGUGCAACUGGAUGCUCUAGGCUCUGCUGAGGUUGAAGUGGAUUUUCUACCUUUCCAUGUUGGAGAGCGCCAGUGCUCUGUGAUAUUCCUCAAUGAGAACAUUGGAGAGUUCCUCUACUCCAUAGAAGCCAAGGCUCUGGAGCCUCUGCCUUCUUACCUCCCUUAUGUACCUAGCAAGAGUAGUGUUAGGAUAAGCAGUGCAGCCGCAGCAGGAAGUGGACGUGGAACAUUUGGAGGGGAUGAAAGCAUUAUCUACUGGAAGUGCGAGUCAGGCCAAACUUUGAAGGAGUCGUUACUUAUUCCAGUGACCAACAUGGUGAAGGAAAGAGCACUCAUCAUUGCUGCUCAACAGCAAAUGUCCAACAAAGAAAUGCAACGUCGUCAAGUGACUGGCACCAUCAUGAGCUGCAGUGUUACCUCAAAAACCAUCAAGAACCUCUGCAACAAUCCUGAUGCUGCAGUUACUAUGGCCAAGGCCAUUGGACCAGUGUCUGAUGUAUAUCGAGUGGAGGUUGACUCGGAGUUCUUCAAGGUUCCUGACAUGUUGGUCAUGCCCAGUCCGCUGGACGCUCGCAGCCACUGUGUUCCUCAGGGCACUCGAGUGCCUAAGGAUGUCAACUUAGCUGAUGGAGUCGCUGAGCUUCCGGUUCAGUUCCGAGCAAAGGAGCCUGGGCAUUACCCAGCCACCAUCACACUGCGCUCCAUUGAUGACAUUCGUGUGUACCGCAUUGAGUGUACCGUCAACCCAGAGGGGAACACUGCAGAGCUGGAAUUCUACGCCCCCGUACACCAGUCUGUGAGACAAGAAAUCCCCAUUGGCAAACUGAUCUUGACCAACAAAGAGGACGGCACAGAACAUGUGUUCCAUCUGACAGGCAAGGGGCAGAAACCAUUGGCUCUUGAUCAGAUCCGACUGACCUGUGGAGCAAAGGCCAGUGUGAUCCACACAGUCAAAGUGCCAAAUGUGACCAAGAAGAAACUCACCUACCGGGUUGAGUCUGAUCUGCCAUUCAUCAGUGGUCAGGAGACUGUUACUGUGCUGCCCAAUCAAACUGGCACCUACAACUUUGUGGUCACUCCCACCAAGAGAGGAAAGUUUAAGGGUGUAGUGGCGUUCAUUGCUGGGGAAAACCCACACAAAGAAGUGGACAGUGAUGGUGAAGAACUACCCCAGGAUGAGAGUGGCAGAGAGUACCACGGCUAUCGCAUGUGGUACUCGCUGGAGGUCGAUGUCAAACCCCCUGUGCCAGAGAGGACCAUGACAGUCACCUGUGCCUGCCAGAAAAAGGCUGUACUGGAGGUGAUUGUUCGUAACCCAACGCCAAAAGAGAUAACUCUGACAGCGACCAUCAAAGGGCGAGACCUGACGGGUCCACUCAUGAUCACCCUCCCGCCUGGUGAGAAGGAUGUCUACACCCUCACCUAUGCUCCCUCUCAGAUAGGAGAAACUAGGGGCAGCUUGAUCUUCUUCAAUGAAGAGGUUGGGGAGUUCUGGUAUGACCUGGUCUUGAAAGCUCAGUCUCCUUUGCCGACAACACUACCACACAUGGAAUGUGAACUCGGAAGGUGGACUAAACAGACAAUCACUCUGAACAACCCAACAGACGAGACCCUUGAACUUGUCCCUAGCAUCUCCAACACCAACAACUUCUCCCUGGAGCGUGACAACGAGCGCCCCAUUGUGCUGCGGCCACAUUCCAGCGUGGAGGUACCGCUUCGAUUCAUGCCCUCAUGUCUAGGGGAGGCUGACCACCUGGCCAAAGUCAUCUUUAUGAGUCAGCAGCUUGGUGAGUGGGUGUUUGUGGCAUCUGGCACAGGCCUUCUACCCCGCCCCCAGGCUCCAGUCAGUGUGUACACCAGUGCUGGCUCCAACACCACUCUCAUCAUUCCAUUCCGCAACCCAACAGAUUCUGCUGUGCUGGCAGAUAUUGUGCUGACUGACACAGAAGCACCGUCCACAGCCCAAGAAUGUGAGGGUCUCCCUGGGCCGGAGUCUGCCUUCAAACUCUUGAUCAAACAUGACUCUGGUCUGCGUGUGGGACCCAAGUCGACUCUGGAGAUUCCCAUCAGUUUUGCACCCAAAGAGAUGCUCAACUACCAGGCCUUCUGUACUGUUGUUGUGAGGCGGGAAGAUGGACAACAGUGGCCAUAUGUGCCCCAAGAUGCACUUGGUCACAAGCUGUCCAGUAUGAGCACCGGUCUCAGUGAAAUCCGAUGGCUGUACCCAAUUCACGGCGUGCCUGAGUCUGCACCGGUCAAGGACAAUCAGGCAGCAGGAAUCACGUGCCAGGCACGAGACCAGGUGGAGCAGCGGCUGGAGGUCACUCUUGCCGGGGUGGUGCCUGGGUCAUCUGGAGCCAGUUCUUUGGCUACUCGGGCCAAAACUCCUAAAGACAAGAAGCCUCAGAUACCUGAGGGCGUUGUUGUGGGAAAUACCAUGGCAACAGCAGAGGAGUUCAGCUUUGAGCUGUCUUAUGCUAAUGAUGAAGCCAAGGACAUCAUUCAGAACUCUGUUGACAUGAGCAUUGCCCGACACUACCGUGAUCCUGCUACUGGACUGGUCACUCUCAUCUUCAACGUCAGAUUUGUGCCUCUCAAGUCCUUGGACCAUCAAGUCCAGUUGCUUGUACGAGCUGCUACUGGAGGCUUGUGGAAAUUUCCCCUGCGAUUCACCGCCACAGAGCCCCCUGUGGAUGACACUGUGUUUAUUGAAGCUUCGGGCCUGGGGAAAGCCUCCAGUGUUGGUUUCCGUCUCAACUCCCAACAAAAACACCCGGCCGUAUUUAACGCUUUCUUCGAGGCUGGCAGUGAUCCUGAGUUCUCCGUCACCCCUCAGACAGGAGAGCUAAUGCCAGGUGGCACUGCAGGAACCUUGUUCACUGUCAGUUUUCUGCCCAAUGUCUAUGGCAAACUCUACGAUGCUAAGCUUAUCAUACAGAUCCCCGACAUGCAGUGGAGCUACUGUAUCCAUGGUGUUCUGCCAGAGUAUCGCCCUCCACGCGGAGUCUCCGCCAAGCCCAUCGCCGGGCCACACCCAUUGUUGACGAAACAGUCGUCUAAGAAAAACUACGUGCGAGAAAAUCUCAAACUCGUUGCUACAGCUGUCUCCUCACCUGUCAAAGGAGCACCACUCAUUCACACUACCAAAGUCAUGUGAUAGAUGAUGCUCCACUUUUAAAUGGGAACAGUUGCCCGACAAGUUGUAUAAGUGAGAAUAAGUAUUUGAGAAUGAAAUGCAAGUUGGUCUGAAAAAAGUUGGGUUUUUUCUCUAAAACUACUGAAAUAUUAACGGUGGUAUACACAGUGAUCAAGAUAUGGUUAUAAACAUAAAGAAAAUACUUUUUAUGAUUGAGGGCAGAUGAUUGAAAAAAAGAUUACUCAUUUCUUUCUUUGUUGAUUUUUGUAAUUUCAAAGGGCCAUGUCAUGGUGACCAAAAGUUGAUCUUUCUAUUAUAUUGCAGUUGUAGGAUAUUGUGAAUUUUUGCAAAUAUCCUCUCACUUGAAUCAUCUGACAUACUGUAUGAUGAUUGAGGAGAAUGUAGGUAUCUUUAAAGAAUGCAUAGGCCUACUGUGGAAAAUUAAGUUAUCAAAGUGACUGAAUGAACCUCAAUGAUGCUGCGUACUUUUGCAAGGAAGCGACAUCUGGAAUUGGACGAAGAGGCAAAGAAAAUAGACCUUAACCCCCCCCCCCCUUUCCCCACUCCCUACCCUUUUUAGGAUCUCAAAAUGAACAGGACUUUACAGGCAGGUUCAUCAGUAAUUUAGAUAAAAUCUGCUGUUCUACAAUUUCUAAAUAAUUUAUGCUUUGAUAACAUGUGUUAACAUGUGGAGAAAAUUGUUAUGCUUGAUUGUAGUGUUUUCUACUGCAGAGUAUCUUCUCAUUGCUUUAUGCAUGGCAUUCCACUUAAUAUAUUUUCUGCUUUGUGAUAUAAACUUGUAUUCCUUGUAUUUAACUUGUUCCUCGCUUCCACGAGGGGAACAUAACAUUUCUCCUUUGUCAUAGAAUAAUAAAUUUGUUUUUUGUUUUUUGGGGGGUUUUAAAAAAGAAAAACCCAAUGGCUGUUCUUUGACAAAUGGAUGGAUGUUAAGUUUGUCAUCAACCUCAUUGCUUUCCUCGUGACUUAAGCUGGGAAAAUUGUACUGGUCUCCGUAUUUGACAAAAAAGGCCAAGCUCAAUUGUUACCUUUUAUGUUUUUGGUUUUUCCCCCAUCCAUUUCUGUUUGAACUGAGGGACCAUUUCUAAGGAUUUACCAGUAUUAAUGGAAAGUUUAAGUAUUGCUCCAGUAAAUUUGUGCCUUUCUCAAUAGGCUCACGUAGUGCAGCUCACGAGAAGAUACUGCUGAUGUUUUUGGUUUUUUUCAUGUCAUGAUACACAAAUAUAUUUCACAACCAAAUAAUAUUGCAGUUGGGGGAUGGUUGGGGGAGGGGGAUGGGGAUUAUUUAGGUUUCGUCAUUGGAUUUAAAAAAAAAGAAUAUUUUUGUGGCAAUGAAUUUUUAUAGAAUUUUUUGUGUUGAAAUGUAAAGUUUAUUGUGUAUUCUUUCAUUGUUGUUGUCAUUGCCUGUAGCUUUUUUUUUAUUGCACAUGUACUGCGGGGUCAAACAGAGAAAAGCACUUUUUUAGGACAUCAAUAGUAUUAUGUUCCUUUGAGAACACAUAAGAAUUAAUUUCUAAACUCCUCCUCAUGCCAAACAAAUAUUAUGUAUGUCUCAUUCCUCUUUAUAUAACUUUCCAUGCUUUACAGUUUUUGUAUAUUGAAAGCUCCCAUUGUUUUGUAAGUAUACAUGUUAAUGGACACUUAAAAGUAUUUGAAAAUGUCUCUUCCUUUUCUGUGGCUGUUUUAAACCAUAAAAUCAUAUAUCAUUUAGAAUUAUGAAUUCAUCAUAAGUUUGUUAAAUCAGUACUUCAAGGCAAGAGUAAAUGGUCAUUUAUACCUGUUGGUACUGGCUCCUCCUUUCAGAUGAAAUUUGUGGAGAUGUGGCCAAUUGUCAAUAUGUACUUGAGGAAAGUGAUCCUCCUCUUUUGUACAGUCAUCCCCUGGGAUUCACAGAACUCUUUUAUUGUAUAAAAUUUACUGAUACCAACUCAUGCAUACGUAUUUCCAGCUUAAUCGAGCCUUCAGAAUAUCUCUUUGUUGUGCGAUACACCCAAAUAGAUAUAUAGAUAUGUAUCCCAUUAAUGCAUUUUCCUCUUACGAUAGUUUCUCAUUUUUAUUCUAGUUUUACAUUGAUUUUAAAAUUAUUUAUCUGUAUUUUAGAGUUCUAUUUUGUUGUACAUAAUGAAGUACAGCUGGCCAGACAUUUUGCUUUAUAAAGACAAAGGACAAAGUAAGUCUCCAAGUUAAUUGGUAGAGGAAUAAAGGAAGAAGGCAUGUCUCAAAGCCAUAAAGAUGAGCUGAAUUUAUGAUACAAAAUGUGUGUGCAUUCCUGUGAUAUAUUUUAAGAAAUAAAAGUGAAAUGAAUUUAUUUAAAAA